GGAUCUCUUGUGGGGUUAGGCCCACGCGGAAGGGGCGGGGCUUGUGGCGGUGCCGGUCUCAGCGCCAGGCGGAGAGCGCCUGCUGCGCGGCAGGAUGAGCGGGCCCUGGCGGUUCCUGCGCGCCCUGCGGCUCCGGCUCCUCGGGCCAGAGAAGCAGCACGUGGGCUGUGACCAGUUUGGAAACAAAUACUACAAGAUCCCCAAGCACCAGACCUGGGCUGGACAGACUAUUCCAGAGAAAAGACUAGUAGAUGUUGUAAAUCAAGAGCCAUACAAGUAUGAAGUGGGCAACCUGCCAACAGAAUGGGAAGCUUGGAUUAGAAAAAGAAGAAAGGAUCCACCAACAAUGGAGGAAAUUCUUAAGAAUGAAAGGUAUAGAGAAGAAAUAAAACAGAAAAUCCAAGAUGCUUCAGAAAAUGACAGCCUUCUUCAGACCAGGGAAUGCAAGGAGGGACUUGUGGUUGAACCAGUUCAAACUGAAAUUAAAGGCCAUGCAUCAGCCCCUUACUAUGGAAAGAAUGAGCCUUCACCAGACCCAUCCAGCACUGCAAAAACAUUUCAGCCAGGUUCCUGGAUCCCACCAGAUAGCCGUAAUAAAUAAAUAGUUGCAAUGUGAAAAAGCUUGACAAUAAAUUGCAUAGAUAAUUACUUUAACAAGCAACAUGACUGAAGAAAACUGUUUUUCACUUUCCAACUGUUGUGUGAAAAAUAAAUUGAUAUAUUAAAGUUAACUUUAAUUUAUUUUUACACAGCCACAUCUUAGAAAUCAUUGAAUCCUUAGUUAAUACUGUAACUAAUUAGCAAAUCUUAGUAAAAGUUAAUGUUCUAUACUACUUAAUUUUUAUGUUUUUAAAGUAAUUGCUCAUAUUUUGUUCUUCAGUUACUUCUAUUUAGAUGAUUGAGAUAGGAAAAUGUCACAAUGCACUUUCUUUUGACAGGCAUUCUUCUCUAGCGGUAGCAACUCUUUAUAAUCUUGCCCUCAAGACAACAAAUUUUACAUAGCUUGUUUGUAGACAUGAAGAUUAGAAAUGACCUUUGGUAUCAUGAAAGCUAGAUCUCUUUUUUCUUUUCUUUUUUCUUAAAUCAUCAUCUCUAUGCGCAUCCUCAAGAGUUCCCUUCCUGUUAAUAUGGUCAAUGCAGUUGGCUCUCUUAGGUGACGGUAGGGUCUGUUUGGCCUCUUUAACGCAAAGCACUUCAAUGAUAGAGGCUACAUUAUUUCUUAAUUUUAAUGGACUUUCUUGUAACUGCAUUAAUAAAUAGUAAUAUCAACAGUUAAUGUGUGCACCUUACUGGCCACCCAUAAGUAGUGUGUAUCAAGCUAAGAGCAGAGUAUGGAAGGACUUUCUCAUUUUCCAGUAAUUACACUGAACAUUUCAGAUUAGGCUCCACAGGCAACUGUAGCCAGCUCUUCAUGGUUACAAGGGAAGUCACUGGAAAUCAGCAGAGGGAAAGGACAAAAUUGUUGAAACUUGAAAGAAAUGCCCAUGAUAAAAGCAAACUGUAAGACCUGUUAUGCAGUGUCUACAUCAAA